AUGAUUUUUGACUGUGAAACCAAUUAUCAUCAGUUGUGCCGUGAUAGGAGCAACAGUACUGGAACGUACGCAGAUCCAUUCAAUGACUGGAGUCAAAUCUCUCGUUCAUAUAUGGGAAAUAUUGUCUUCGCUGACACAUUACCAACUCCACGAAAUUUUUAUCUUGUCAAUUUACUCAAUUGCUUCGGAGUUUAUAAUGGUUUUAAUUUGCUUAGUUGGUUUGCAACUCAAACUUGGUCUAAUAUAAAUCUUACAUCGAUAUUUCUUCUUCCAAUGGCCAAAUGUGCUGACUACCUAACCUUGUAUACACUUGAAAACUAUGCAAUCAAGGUUAUGUAUCGUGUUAUUUGGCGUUUAUCCAAUUUGAGUGUAGAAGACUUCAAAGAUAGAGAUUCUCGUAUAUUUGAACUUGUUACCAGUAUUAGAGUGUUAACCUAUCGUCUGAUAGAUUUAGACGUUGCAGACAGUCUUGGUAAACUAUUAACAAAGCAAGAAUGUAAUUGGUGUUUAGGAAGCUUGAUAUUUACUGUUUAUGAACCGGAUUGGGAGGAAGUCAUCUCACGAUAUCGUAAAUCCUCUAAUCAACCACUUGAUCAAGUAUCCCUGUUUUCUAUCUCAGUGGUUGAUAAAUUGCAUUACAGUCUACUACUCUCCGCUAUAUCUCCACCACAAGGUGUAGGUGGUGCAACAUUUAACGGUCGUAUGAUGGCGUUAAGAGAACUUAUCCAACAAAUAGAAGUAGCGAAACAGUUUGGAAAUUUGAACAACGCUCUUGCAAAUGGAAGUAGACAUGGUCAAAAGAGAACACGUCCAACUGUUCCUCUUACGUCAGCUAGUCUGUUGGCUACAGAAAAUGCUGCUUUCCUGGCAAAGCGUCAAAAAAGACGCGUUUUACGUUUGGACCAGUUGAUGUCAUGGAUACAAGACAAUGAAGUAAUCGCAAAAUCUCUACAUAAACUGGAUAACACUGCGUAUAUGGCUACACUAAGCAACUUUUUUCGAUCCCUUGGAGAACGUAUUACCAAUGAAGACCUAACAACACUAUGGCAUCGAACAUCUCACCAAAAUGGAGCAGCUGUGGAUAAUAUAUUAAAUUUACUUACAGAUUUGGCAUCUUCUAGGUUCACACAAUCUCAGUUAAAGCAUCUAUUUUUCCUUGUUGAAUUGAGCUGGAUGAAUCUAGACCUGCAAGCUAUUACACAAACCUUUCCAGAAACGAAGUCUCCUGAUUCUUUACAAUCAAAUGGAAAAAUAAGAGUUUCUCGCAUCUCAUCACCUCCACCGGAUGAGCCAUCUACCAUUCGUCAUGCACGUGCACGAUUAUUGAAUAUGGUUGGUAGGAUUGGCAUUACCACUAGGGAUCCGAAUACAGCCGAUAUGUGUAUCGAAUUAUUAUGGCGUCUAGCACAUUCUAACUAUUCAGAAGAGGCAAGAGACUUCACACGACAAAAUCGCAAGGCGAAGCUUGUACCACAAAAGAUGUCUUUUGUCGAAAGAAUACUUGUAUCACACGGGCAUAAGGUAGAGACAACAGAUUCUAUCUCGCUUUCAGAUAUUCCGAAAUAUGUUCAUCCUGAACCAAUUGAAGCAGCUUUAGCUCAGCAGUUAGUCAUUAUACGGGAAUUUCAUUGUUCCGGUGUGGACCAAAGAAUACGCGCUAUGCGAUGGUUACUAGAAGCCAUAGGAUACAUUAGUAAGAACUCGUUGACUUUUUUCAUGCUAGCUUAUGUGAAAUCGCUGUUGGAGUUCAUACUGAAAAAUUUUAUUGGUAAAGCUAAACGGGAUCAUCUCCACGAGCUUAAUCGAUCACAUGAAUUGAUUACCCGCGUAGUUGAUUCUUUGUUACAUUAUGAAAAAUCAGCAAUUUCAUCGCAUGGGGAUCUACUAACAGCAGAUAGUUUGGAUGAACUUGGAUUCAGGCAUAGUGAUGUAAUAAAACGCCAUUUUGAUCUUUUACAUUACUUACUACGCAAUGCUGAACUCACGUUGAGCGUUGAACGAGCAAAGGCUUUAUGGGAAACAUUAAUUGGUCAAACGCGUGCCGCACCUUUUGAUCGGGAACAAGCAUUUAUUUGGUUUUCAUCAUGUUUAAAUUUUCUUGACACUGAUGCACAAACGUUUGUUUUCACGAAAGUAAUUCUGAAUCGAAUCCUGGAUUAUUUCGUUCAAUCGCUGAAUUAUGAAUUAGCGUCAAACAGAGAAUAUAGUGUUGGUCGCUAA